CGGUUACGUUUGCCGUGAACCGAGCACCAGAAAAAAGUGUCGAGGAAAAGUGGAGCAGUAUCAGUAUUCGCAUCACAGUCAGAAUAAGAUCUCAAAUCUGAGGCAUCAUCGCCAACCAAUCAUCGAACACUCCAAAUCAACUCAAAUUCCAAUUCAAGUUCAAAUUCGAAAUUCGAAAUUUAAAGCAAAGUUUUUUUUUUCCAAAUUCCCCGAGCGACAGUUUCGUGCUGAAAGAAAAUCCACCAGAUUCAAGCAUCAGGAGGAUCAGGAGUAUCUGGAGCAUCAGGAGGAUCAGGAGCAUCAGCAGCGUGAGAAGUGAAAGGAUGUCGGACAAGCAAAAGGAUCAGGAGAAGGAGAAGGAUCAGGAGCAGCAGGUGACUGCCAGCAGCAAUGGCAGCUGCGGAUCUGCACCGGAACCGCAACCGGAACCGCAACCGGAACCGCAACCGGAACUGCAACCGGAAACGGAAGUGAAAAUGGAAGUGCAGGUGGUAGAGGCAAUGGGAGAAUCGGAGGCAUCGGGAUCGGCCACCGGAUCCGAAGCACCUGCUCCGGCCCAUCCAAAUCCGAAUCCAAAUCCGGAGCUGGAGCGCGACAGAGAUAGGGAUUCGCACGGCGACAGAUCCACUCACAGGGAUGAGUUUGGCACGCAGCGCGUCUACAAGAAGACCUCGCCGAACUGCGUGCUGACCUUAUAUCUGCCGACUCGCGAAAUUACCCUCACCGGCAACAAUCCGUCCGUUUUGCGCGGCAUUGUCUACGUGGACCCCAAGGCCAUCCAGGGAUAUCGCGUAUACGCCCAGCUGACGCUGACAUUUCGGUACGGCCGCGAGGACGAGGAGGUGAUGGGUCUGCGGUUCUGCAACGAGGCCAUCAUGUCGCUGCACCAGAUUUGGCCACGACUCGAGGAGCCCACGCCGGAGUCCCUCAGUCCCCUGCAGGAGGCCCUGAUGAAGCGUUUGGGAGACGGCGCCCAUCCAUUCACCUUGUCGCUGUCCUCAUACGCACCACCCAGUGUCCAGUUGGUUCCGGCCAAGCGAUACUACGGAGCUCCGAUCGGCACCAGCUACGAUGUCCGCUGCUUCAUUGCGGACAAAACGGAUGAGAAGUUCCAUCGCCGGGCAUCCGUGAAGAUGGGCGUACGGGUGAUCUAUCGCACGGACGUCUUCCACCAGCACUUGGCGCCGGAGCAGUUCGCCGCGUACGCCGGUCGCCAGCAGCACGGCGCACAAUCGCCUCCGGCCAGUGCCACACCCCCCUCUGGAGGCGAAGGCGGCGACCAGCAGGCCAGCCAUUCGCAGCACUCACAGUCGCAGCCGUCGAGUGGGUCCAAGCAGAAAUCCAAGUCCGAGCGGGGCGACUCCUUCCCCAAGCUGCGCCUCUCGCCCAAGUCCUUCCGCUUCAGCGGCAGAUUCGGGCGCAGCAAGAGCGAGAUCGAGAAGUGCCCCAACGAUCCGUUCCACAGCUACAGCAAGUCCUUCCAGGAGCACUGUGACAGCAUGUUGCCGCCGCACACUGGCGCCGGGGUGACCGGCGGCAUCGGGGGCGUCAGUGUGGGUCCCUGCGGAGGUCCCCAAGGAUCCGUGGACAAGCCCUUCCUGCUGCACGACGGCCGCGUCGGAUUGAGGGCCAGCCUGGACAAGGGCUGGUACACCCACGGCGAGGACGUCCAAGUGACCGUCAAUAUACGCAACGACAGCCGCAAGACGGUCCGCAAAGUACGGGUGUGCGCCAUCCAGCACGUGGACGUGUGCAUGUUCAACAACGGCAAGUUCAAGAACGUGGUGGCCGACUCGGACAACUUGAUGCCGGCCACGGACCGCACGGUGGCCGCCGGAGCCUCGCUGAACACCACGGUGGUGCUGCGUCCGCAGCGCGGUCCCACCAAGAACUGGAUCGCCUUGGAGGACACCUUGCAGCGCAGUACGGAGCCGGAGGAGAUUACCGGCGCCAUUGCCGCCUCGGCCAUCCGAUCGCCGCACUUCGUCAUGCAGAAUGCCCAGCUGCUGGGCCAAGGCGGCCAUCAACUGGGCAGUCCCGCCCAGAUCACGCCCCAUCCGCACCUGUGGCAGCCGGGAUCGGGUGCGGGAGUGGGAGCGGGAUCAGGCUCCUGCUCGUGCUCGGCAUCGGGAUUGGGAGGCCAGGGAUCAGGAUUGGGAGGCCAGGGAUCGGGAUCGGUAUUGGGAGGCCAGGGGCAGUGCGGCGUCAAUGGCCACAACAAUGCCACCGGCGAGGAGCGCAACGUGUUCGCCAUCUACGUGUCCUACUACGUCAAGGUGAAGCUUACCCUCAGCGGCAUGGGCGGCGAGCUGUCCUUGAAGCUGCCCUUCGUCCUAGUCCAUGUGGACGAAACCCAGCGACCGGGAUUCGCCUCGGCCACGCUGGGCGAGCUGCGGCUGGAAAUGGAGCGUCUGGCCCUCCAGGAUGCACCGGUGGGCAAGCGGACUGGACGGCGAGUGGCGCGAGAGAUCGGAGAUGGACCAUCCACCAGUGCCGCUGCUGCUGCCGCUGCCGCCGCUGCUGCUGCUGCUGCUGCUGACUCCCAGUCCGCCGGAGGGCAACAGUCGUCCAACCAGCUGGACAUGAUCGAGAGCCUGGACGACGAGUUCAACAUCCGGGUGCCGGUGCCGAGGAAUGGCUCCCACAAGCGGCGGUUGCAGCGCAGCGAGACUUUGGCCCGUGACCUCGAGGAGCAGGAGGAGCAGCUGCCCCUUCGGGAGCAGGAGGAGCACAUUGUCCAGAUCCAUCUGGAGCAAGUAUCGCCCGACCGGGAUGAAGUGCCGCAGCAGGGGGCGGAUAGCCACGCCCCGGGAGCCGAGACCGGGGCAGUGCCCAAGCCGUCGAGUGUGUGAUUCUGAUUGUGGUCCCAGAUGUUUGCCAAACGCAAGCGAAAGCCAUAGUAGAAGUUGCUUAAACAUAAAAAAGAGAGCCAUUGGGUUUCAGGUUCAAUUGCUAACUUAUUUUAUACAAAGCCACACACUGGCAAAACACUGGUAAAAAAAACCUAGUAGGUGCAAGUAUUUCAUACUCGGCUUAAAAAUAUUAAAAUUGAAAAUUUUCAUUUUAUUUUAAUAUUUCAUUAAACUCUUUUCGAAAAAGAUUUUAAUAUUUGAAAGUUUUCUUUUAAUUGAACCCAUACUAAAAUUACAUGUAACACAUUUUAUAUCUACUUUUUUGCAUAUUAAACCAAAUAUUUAAUAUUAAAUCAUGCAAUUUUAUAUGCAUUGUAUUUAAUAUUCUGAUUUUAUAUUUCAUUUAACCAAGAAAGUUAUUUUUACCUUUUAAUUUGUUUACCAGUUUAUAACUUAAGAUAUGUUUGUUUUAUGAGUAAUUUUGGUAAUUUUUUAUAUAAUUAAGUUUUUUGGCUGCUAUGGCAUGCUAAUCAAUAAAUAUUUUUGUUGUCUGUUUGUAACAAAAUUAGUUUUAAUUUAACAAAAUUAAUUACCAUUUUUAAGAGGCUAUUCAAUUGAAUAUAAUAUUAAAAAUUUCAAAAUUAAAAAAAUUAUCACAUGAAUUUAUUCUGAUUAAAAAUGACUUGAAAACCCAUAAAUUUUAAUUCAAAAAGUGUUUCCACUUCAACAUAAUUGAAUUGAUAGACUUGUUGUGUAUUAUUAAAUUUAUUACUAAUUUAAAGAAGCUGAAAAACUAACUAAUUGAAUAACUCGAAACGGAUUUCCCAAAAGGGGUAAAACAAACGGUUUUCAGCUAGAGUUACUAUUUACAUUUCUGGCUCAACAAAGGUAAAUAGAAGAUUCACAUUAUAUUCAAAAAUUUCAAUCCCAAUGAGCUGUCAGAAAUGCAGGUAGAAGCAAACCCCAUUGUAAAUGUAACCAAAAACCAUUCAGUUUAGGUUUCAGAAGGCGAACGUGAGCAGUUAGAAGAUAGAAGUUUGGAGAGAGAUUAUACUUACCAGUUGAAGGUUUCCAGAAGUGGAGGGCAGCCCGAAAGCAUAUGUUGCAAAAUCAUUCGAGAAUUAGUGGGCAGAGGUAUUCCCUAGGAAUUAGACAAUGAAUUGAGGUGAAAUUUUUGCAGUUCGAUUUAAGUCGAAGUGGACGAGAGCGGCAAGUGGAAGUGAAACGUUAAGGCAGCGAUAGACUAAGUUAGCAAUGCUAAGAUUUAUCAUUUGAUAUUAGCCAUGCAAUGCGUUGAAAUUGAUGAUAUUUUGAGUGGAUUCUCGGGAUGUUCCAGCUUGAAUGGGUAAGACAUAAAUGAAGUCGCUUGGUCCCAUGGAAAAUCCAAUGGAGAAGAAAUCAACCAGAGAAACACAGUCACCUAAAUAUGUACCUAGAUCGUAAGUGAGUGGGGUUCAAAUGAAAUCCGUAUAAAUGUACAACUGCACAUCAAUGCCAACAAUUGAAAAGCCCUUUUAAAUCGCACAGAUGUCACCACUAGGGUUUUUCGAAACUGUAUUACCUAAUUAAUCACACACAUUUGCAUAUAUUUACCGAAUAUUAAAUGUUUGAUGUGAAAUACAUUACAACAAACUAUUAGGGCGUAAAUCUCGUUGCGGUUUCAAGCUCACGAAAAGUUUUACAAAAUUGAAAUCUAAAACCAACCAAACAAAGAACCCAGACACCCACUCAAAGUUCAGAAGAACCCCAACACAUAUCUGUGAGUUAUUUGGCUUUUGUUGCCAACGUCAAUGGAUUAUUGUUGCUAAAUGUUGAAUCAAAUAAACCUAUGGUCAAAUUAGGUAAAUUAGGCAGAACGAAAAUGCGAGCAUCGGUUAAUAGUUAAAGAUCCACAAGGGAUCAACGCUAUGGCUAUAGUUUUUUAAAUCUUAUUGAGCCACCACAAGGUGGGCACUUGUAUCAUCUAAAGCUGAUGAUGAUACCCAAAGAGUUUUGAAAGAAUCGUGGAAAUAUUCUAGUCUUGAGAUGUAAUAUGCAUACUUAAAACCACCAAGAAAAGUAAAUCUAUGAUAUCGAAGGUUUUUAAUGUUAGCUGUACGAAAAUCCCUAUGAAUUUGUUUAUUACAAAACAAAACAAAAAAUGAGAAUGCAAAUGCAACGGCUAAUGCUAAUGAAAACUGAAAACAAGUAUUAAUAUAUUUAUGUGUAUAUGUGUCUAGAGUUAAUGUGCAACAUUGAACACACUGAAUAAAGAUGAAUUUAUGAAUGUAAUCGCUAUGCUCGGCUUAUGCCAUCUGUGUGCAGAUCAAUAUGCUGAUUGAUAUAUAGACAUUCGAAUAUGCAUACAGACAUGUGGAUUAUAUGAUAUAUUAUAUAUUUCGAUGUAUGUUGCUUUGACAAGCCAAGCUACUAUUUGAAUUUCGAUAACACAACACUAACGCAAAGGCGCAAAAAAAUAAACUUAAAUGUGAUGCAUUUCUAUGAAUACACUAAAGAAAAUAAAUAACCCCAUAUACAAUCAUAUAAUAUAUGUAUACACUGUAUCGAUGGCUAUUUAAUUGUAAGACUUAAUCCGAUCCGAUCCGAUCCGAUCCGAUCUGAUCCGAUCUCCAUUCGCAUUCUAUUUACUUUAAGAGCUGGUCUCGAAUCGCAGACAGGAUAGCGAAAGCAUUUCUGUUUCCCCUCCCUUACUUUCCCUUCCUAUGCUUUCUAUUUUGUUGUCCUUUCUGUCCCCAGACCUCCAGAUAGCAAAGCCAAUUGAUUGAUGAUGAAUCUUGGUGUCGGUGGCGAUUUCUGGGGGCAGACAGACCGCACUUGAA